AUGGGAGGCUUUGAGGGUCAUCUGUUCCCAGGGGUGUCUUUUUUCCUGUAUGGACUUUACCACGCACAGCUGGUCUCCAGAGCCUUGAUCUGCAACAACCCCGUCCAAUAUCCACCAAGCCGUCCCUGGAACAAAGGAAGAUGGGCAAAGCUACGGCAAAUAUACUACAUUGGCCUGAUGAAGAUCUUAAGCGCCUGCAUUUUAGUAGCCCAAGAGUUGCACAGCAUUGAUGGACAGCUUGUUCUGAUCAGCAAGUUAUAUCAUGAGAGAGACUUUAUGUACCACAAACAGUGGCAGCACCUCACUCUCUAUUUGGUCUUCUUCCUGACUGGGUGUGCAGACAUGGUGAGCCAGAACCUGCUGCCCCAGAGGUGUGUGGCUCUGGAGCAAGGCGCCCAGGCCGUGGGCAUCCUUCUGGUUCUGCCCCUGAUGGUGUCUCACAUGCAGGACACAGAGGGAGUGGAACUGCAGUUCCACAUCCUGUUCACCCAGGCCAUGUUCCUGCUGACAGUCGUAGUGAUUGCAGAGCUCUGGGCUCCCAAUGUGAUGCUGGUAUGGAUGAUGAAGGCCUUUCUGUACAUGGUCACAGGCUCUUGGUUGGCACAGAUAGGCUUUUCGUUGUUCAAACCAAUCUCUGGCUAUAAGUGGAUGGAUAAUGACAAAAACGACUUAGCAUUCACCGCCACUUUCUUCUGCUGGCACGUGAUCUUCAAUGCCAGUUUGAUGAUCUGGAUCUACGGCUUCUCUUUUGUGUGGUAUUGUUAUAUCCACUGA